GGAUACGCCAAGUGCCAGUCGUGCAGCUACGCUUGGAACUUCAAGCGCAACCACUGGUGCUGGAAGUGCGCGAGCCCGCUCAAGCCCUCCCCUGGCCGCGCGCAGCAGCCAGGAGGUGUGUGGGGGGCGGGCCCAGGCGGCGGCGGCCCCAAGCGCGGUCAGGCCCCACAGGCACUGGCCGAGAGGGGCGCCCCGCAACCUGCCAGCCCUGGGCAUGGCGACCGCCGUCAAGCCUUUCCUGAUGCUCCGUGGGUGUCGCAGGUCGGCGGCAGUGACGAGCUCGCGCGCCUCCUGGCAUGCCCUGACGUGGGCAUCCGCGGCGAGCUCGAGCGCGUCCUCAAGGCAGCGAGGGAGUACAAGCCCGUGCCCCCGCCUCAGGCCGCCAACGCGCACACGGAGGCAGAAGACAAGCUCGCAGAGGCGACGGAGUGGCGGGACCAGUGUGCUGCGAACUUCGACUCCGCCCAGCGAGAGGAGGCCGAGCUCCUCGUCCUCAGGGCCAAGGAGACGGGCGCUGCGGCCGCGGCCGUCGACCCUUCCCGCCAGGUUACCUUCAACUUCGACGCCGAGAGCUUCGAGGAUUGGGAGGACCUGGAGGAGCAGGCCCAGGAGGAGCUUCGCAAACUCUGCACGGAGGGCAAGGCCAUCAUGGAGGAGGCGAGGGCCAACUUUGAGGCCAACUGCCGCACGCAGCAGCAGAGGGUCAAGGAGUUCCGCGAGGCCCAGAAGAAACGCAGGCGCGUGCAGGAGGACCCCGCAUCGCCAGCUGGCCCGCCGCCGCGCCAGGAGGCCCCUGCUGCUGCCGAGGCGACGGCGGCCGCUGGUGGCCAGGCCCCCGAGAGCGCGGCCGAGGCAGCUGCCAAGGCCCGCGCUGACAAGGAGGCAGCGGAGCAGGAGCGCAACGCCAAGCAGAUCGGGGAGGCCGCGUCCAUGGCCUCCCGCACGGCCAAGGCCGCUGCCGCGGCGCAGCUGCUUCUCCUGCUGGUGCAGGGCCUGCUGGGGGCCAGCUUUAGCGACGCCCAGUGCUUCCACCUGCCCGACUACACGUCGGCCUGGUCCUCCCGCUACGUCGACGUGGAGCAAUGGCGGCUAG